AGCCUUCACUGCACAAGGCUUCAGUUCAUUAUCGAUUUUCUUAUCUUUACUUGUCUCACUGACACACUAGCACUUGAGCUAGUAGUAGUACAUAAUUGUAGUAGUUGAGCUUGCCGCUGUCUGCAGUGCGCCAUAUUUCGGGCACGUAGCAGUCGUUUCGAUGAUUGCUCCCGAAGCCUUCUCCGUGAGCUAGGCCUCAAGCUGCUCAACUCGAGUACUAGUAUUAUUGACGUGCAUCAAGUAUCAGUUAUAAUUUGGUGCACGGUUUGUUCCAUGCACAGUGCAGCGAAGGCGGUUUCGGUUCAUUGUUCAGAUUUGUGUCGUCUCGUGAAGCUGGUCUGCGUCUGUACUUUGUGUGCGUGUACCAGUGUCAUGUGCUGCGUUGGGAGCCGAGUUUAGAGAGAUUUCUGGGGAAUUUGUAGACAUAAUAUUUAAAGAUACUCUUACUCCUACCCUCGGGACCUCAGGGCAGCACUUGUUCUCGAGUAAAUAGUUUGAAAUAGGCCGUGAUUGGAUCCGCCGCAUGCACCAGUCGCAAUGAGGCUGCCCUCGAUGUCGUCCGUCGCUCAGACGUCGGCAUUUGUUGUGCUUCUCCUGGUGCUGUACCUGAUCCUUGAUGGCUGCGACCCGCGCAUUGCUGGCAGCACAGUCCACCAUGCAACCCACGCGCACCUAGCCAAGCUGAAAGCACAGCGCCUGGUGAAGAAGGAGCUGCAGGAAGAGGUUGCGGCGCUGGACAAGCGCCUGGAAGAGCUGCGCAAGGAGAAGAGAAAACUGGCGGCGGCACAGCAGGACGCGGCCGAUCAGCAGGUGGAGAACAGCGUACAGCCGUGGGAGUUCGUCACCGACUCCAUCUACUACCUGACGGAGUCCGCGCAGAUGUCGAUGGCGGCGCACGUGUACACAUCCGCGUUCGCCGAGCGCCGCCUCGAGCUCAGUAGCCUGCUGGCCAGCGCGAAGGAGCUCGCGGACUCCAUGGCGAAGAAGACCGAAUCACAGAGCUCGUUGCGCUACUCGUACGGAUUCCUGAAGUUCGAUCCCGUGCAGGGGCUGGACGGCGAGUUCCACUACUCGGGCAGCGGAGGUGCGAUGUACGCACUGCGCGCCGCCCGCGACUUUGGCCCCCCGGUCGUCGUGGCAACGGAGACGCUGAACAAGUACGGCGCUCACGUUCACAUGGUGAUGCCGCUGUCGGGCCGUCUCGACAAGCUCGCCUUCUUCCUGGACACGUUCCUGCAGGUGUACGCCUCCGACUCGAGCCUGUUCCUGACCAUCGUCUACUUCGGCUGGGAGGGCAUGGACGAAGCGCAGGCCAUGACGCAAAAGAAGCUGGCUGAGAGGCACGCGCAGAAGCCCGUCUACCGCUUCAUCCGGCACGAGGGCAAGUUUAGCCGCGGUGUCGGCCUGCAGCACGGCGCCUUUUCCAACGACAGUUGGCCCGUCGCCGACCCCGCGGCGACGGGCUCUGAAAGCGCGCUGCCCGACCGCAAGUCCAUGCUGCUGUUCUUCAUCGACGUCGACAUCCUGUUCGACGAGGCGGCGCUGGUCCGCUGCCGACUACUGACCGAGCGCGGCAGGCGAGUGUACUACCCGAUCGUGUUCAGCCAGUACAAUCCGGAGGUGGCGUAUCGGCAUCUGGACGAGGCGCCGGAGCUGCGCGACCGCACCGAGCACAACUACACGAGCGGCUUCUGGCGCUCGUUUGGCUUUGGCAUGGCGUGCGUGCACUACGCCGACUUCAACGCGUCCGGCGGCUUCGACCUGAACAUCAAGGGCUGGGGCGCGGAGGACGUGAUGCUCUAUCGCAAGUUCAUCGCCCAGCGCAAGGUACAGGUGAUGCGCGCCGUCGACCCCGGCCUCUUUCACAUCUUCCACGAGAAGGUGUGCGACAAGACGCUCAACGCCGAGCAGAUGCGCAUGUGCCAGGGCACGAAGGGUGUCAACGAAGCGUCGCCGGAGCAGAUGGGCUACUUGCUUUACAAGUAAGCAAGCAUGCACGAUGCUGCUACGGCUGCUGCUGCCAACGCAUGCUUGUGAUUCGCUAGGCCAGCGUGGAUUGGCUCUGCAGCUGUAUCGUGAAAGAAUAUUGACGGAUCUGUGUCACGUACCCUGGAGCGUAUUUCUACCUAGGUGAUUAGAACUCUGGAGCUGAGUAAGGUAGUUCUCUCUCUCUCUCUCUCUCUCUCUCUCUCUCUCUCUCUCUCUCUCUCUCACUCACAGGUUUUCUCCCUCUGCCUGUCUGUCUGGGUUUUUUUCUUCGCUUAUUUUAUACAGAUAUUUUAUACUGAUUUAUUUGGUGAAAACAAAAGAACCAGGCUUUAACCGAGUUCUGCGUCACGCACCCCCUUCUCUUCUUCGGUGCUUUGUUUCUCUCUGUCACGUCGCUCUCUUUUCUUUUACCCUUCCUACAGUAUCCAGUUAGAAUCAGUGUCCUGAGCAGACCAUAUUGUUAGCCUAUCACACCGCCUACGGUCCUUUUUAUUUAUUCAUCUCCAGUACUAGUAACCUAACCGCCAUAAUUCUACUAUUAUGCUCUGCAGGCUUCAGCAUGUGUGCACGUUUUCGCUGGACGGAAACUCCUUGGUAUUGUGUUCAUUGUAUCAGGAUAUAUAUAUUAUACUUUUCGAAUACGACCGUACGUACUUGCAGUGCAUCGUAGCAUUUGUACACUCGCUGUAUUUUUAUGCUUCAAGUACACGAUGCUGGCUAUCCACAUGUGACCUGUGCUCAUGCACCCUGUUGGUUCUGUACAUUUCAAUUUUGCAAAUAUCCUAUGUGCAUUGUUAAUUUGUGUUUCGUCUAAAGUUUUUUUUUCAAGUCCUCUGCUGCAGCUAUGGCCCGUAUGGGCUCUUGAUCUUGUCAAUCUUCCUGACCUACAGUUUUCGAAAAGUAUUAUCAUACUGCUCUGGGAAUUUACCAGAUGUA